GAAUUUCCCGCUAGGGAAUCACGUUGACGUCAAGAUGGCGCUCUUCUUCGAGCAAGCUGUCAAAACUGCUCUUCAAAAUUACCCAAAGUCCGUUGCAAAACCUCUUCACUAUGGGACUGCCGGAAUUCGAGACAAAGGAGAAAUCUUGGGCUCAUGCAUGUUUCGCAUGGGUAUUCUUGCUGCAUUGCGCUCGAAAUACAAAAAAGCCAUUAUUGGUGUCAUGAUCACUGCAUCCCACAAUCCGGAAGAUGACAAUGGCAUCAAGCUUAUUGACCCUAUGGGUGAAAUGAUGGAAACGGACUGGGAAAUUUUGGCAACUGAGCUGGCCAAUGCCCAGGAUAGCUCGUUGGAGUCAGUGCUGGAUCGAAUAGUGGCAGCGACCAACAUCAAUCUUCAGGAGCCAUCCACUGUGUACCUAGCUCACGACACGCGAGUGAGCAGUCCUAGACUGGCACAGGCUGUCAGUGAUGGUGUCAAGUCUGUUGAUGGUGUCAUCAAAGCAUUUGGCCAUUUGACCACACCCCAACUGCACUAUAUUGUACGCUGCAGCAAUGACCCAAGCUAUGGGGAGCCCACAGAAGAAGGUUACUUUAACAAGAUAACAAAGGCCUUUAUGCAGAUUAGAGCCAAUGGUUCAGCUGUACGAAACUAUGUGCCCUUCAUUCGUCUUGAUGGUGCCAAUGGAGUGGGAGCUGUGAAGAUGAAAACAUUGCUACCGCACUUGGGAGGUCUUCUGAAGAUAGAAACAUACAAUGACGGCUCAGAAGGCCGCUUAAACCACAUGUGUGGUGCAGAUUUCGUGAAAGUCUACCAGAAAGCUCCCGAAGGAAUUCCACUUGAUGUUGGAGUGAGGUGCGUUUCAUUUGACGGUGAUGCUGACCGAGUAAUUUAUUUUUAUCACGAUGAAAACCUCGUCUUCCAUCUUCUCGAUGGCGACAAGAUUGCCACUCUGGUGGCCAGCUACCUGAAAGAGCUGCUUGAUGCAGCAAUGCUUUCUUUGAAUAUGGUCAUUGUUCAGACAGCUUAUGCCAAUGGAAGCUCAACAAACUACAUUACCAAUGUGCUGAAGGUACCUGUGAAGUGUGUACCCACAGGAAUUAAGCAUUUGCACCGGGAGGCCCAGAAGGCAGAUAUCGGAAUCUACUUUGAAGCCAAUGGUCAUGGCACUGUACUCUUUAGUGAGAAGGCACAGCAGGCCAUUCAAGACUUGGCCAAUGAUAGCAACCAAUAUGCUGAGAGGCAACAGGCUGCCAAGAAGCUUCUGCACACGAUGGACCUCAUAAACCAGACUGUAGGAGAUGCCAUCUCAGACAUGCUACUAGUGGAGACCGUUCUUCAUGCCAAGGGCAUCUGUGCCCCUGAGUGGAACUCCUUUUACACUGAACUUCCAAACAGGCAACUCAAAAUUCAUGUAGCAAAUCGGAACAUAAUUACAACCACCAAUGCAGAGCGCCGGUGCCUGUCCCCAAGCGACUUGCAGCCUGCAAUAGAUCAAUUAGUUCAGGGCUACCACAGUGGAAGAGCUUUUGUCAGGCCAUCUGGAACUGAAGAUAUUGUCCGUGUUUAUGCAGAGGCUAGCACUCAGGACGCAGCCAACAAGCUUGCCUACGAAGUUGGCAUGAAGGUUUAUGAACUCGCUGGUGGUAUCGGUGAAAAGCCCAAGCUGCUGGCCUGAAGUGCGAAUGCUGGGGCCAUUGAACUCAAAGCGACCCACCCUUGAUGUGCGAACCCAUAUUGACAGCAGAACUCCAGCCAAGCUCACCUUUUCUAUCAGUGUAAAUGUUACACUUCUACCUGAAAUUAUGGGAGGAGGUAAAUUUUUUUAAUAAGGGCAUGAAAAUUGGGCCUUAACGGUACAGUGUGGUCUGUCUCAGACAUUUACUACCUUAUCUCUACCUGGCACUGUGCUGUUCCUGCAGGGGCUUCAGUAAAAUGUGAACAAGAUGUCCUCCGGAUGCAGGCGGGCUUGCUUUGAGAGAGUUAGUUUUGUGGCUUGGGGGGGUACAAGCUUUUGUCCCCAAGGGACCACGGAUCACGUUUCUGUUUCUGUCUGUGUGCCAGAAGCAUGUCAUGAGGUCAGCCAUGUUAUUGGAACCAUCUCUCAUCCUGCUCUAAGCUUCCACUCAGCAUUUCAAGUUGAUAGCAUUUUGCUGGUGGCUUUUGUGAUAAUCAACUGUUCUUCUGGAUGUUUCUGAGCCGGUCUGCUGCCACAGCAUAAGUAAGCAUGUGUGUGUGCAUGUCUGUUAUGAAAUGGGCUACAGUAUUCCUGCAAGUCACCACCUCUUUUAGGUAAUAGGAAAAGACUGUGUACUAGCUUGGGAGACUGACCUGAAUAGUUGUUGGUGUCACUGAUGCAGUUGUUUUAGUGAGGCAAUGCACAUGCCCCACUUAUGUUUUGUGCACUGUGGCAGUGACCUUCCAUAAACCUUGUGCCAGCAGCUUGUGCACUCUUGCGUCUUUCUCUGUGGCUUUACUUUUCUGUUCAUUCAGUAAUAGGUGCUCUUAGCAUUGAGUGCUUGGUGCAUUGUGGCGCCGAGCAACAAGUGACAUUGUGUUGCAGGUAGGCGAGUAGUUUUUACACUAUAUACUUAAUGUAACUGUUGUCUUGCUCUGCAGCCCUGUCGGGCAAAUCUAUCGCACGUCUCCUCUGGAAGCGUGCCUUUUGUACUUUUAUCAUGACAUAUUACCUGCUUGAAUGAAAGGCAGGCCCUCCUACCUUGGCAUAGCACAAUCUUGUCAUUUUUACUCCAAGUGCUCUCUUUGCUGAAUGCCAGUCAAGCUUGUUCUUACCUCCAGCUGUAUCUCUUCGAAAACAUAGAUGUGGCAUGUAUAGGUAGGCAGCUGCAAGCGUUGGGUGUUUCUCAUACCCACGUAGCAGCUUGGAAAUGUGCUGAUACUAAGGUUGUGCAUGUCGUCAUUCCAACUGCUUGUUACGUAGGGUCUGAUCUUGUUUGGUCGUAUUUGUUGCUUGGCUGUGCCUCUUCAAUUCUGCAUUAGCUGCUGCCUUUGGCCAAUUGUUGCUUUCCUUGUGCAUUACAUAUCUUUCAAGCUAAAUUUACCAAAGCUGUGGAAUGCAAAUGCACAAGUGUCUGCUGCCUUCAGAUUCUCUCUGUCGGGGCAGAUCUCUGUGUUUUCUGCUCUUUACUUUCCUAGAGUGUUUUGUCCACAAACUUCUGAUGAGCUUUGUUAGCACCUUCACACAAGUUUAUCAAGCAACUUGGGCUUCUUGGAAGUCUAAGGCCCUUCUAAUCAUGUUAUUAGUAUUCAGAAAGCCUCUUCUUUCUACAACACAAUAACUCUAAAGCUGCACAUAACAGAUUGCAGAGGGUCUGCUGGAGGAGAAGUUUGUCUUGAAUAUUAUGCCAUCCCCCCAUGCUACUGGCGUUAAGCAACCUCCAUGCAGAAGUUCUGAUUAGGUCCUAUGAUAUGUUUGUGACGAACACGUAUUGAACUAGGUGUGUGUUAAAAUCACCUCACUUGCAAGGAAAGUAAAAGGGGGUUUGUCUGUAGUGGUAGUCUGGAAGUCUAGCACUCUUAGUAACACUUCAUAUAGCUUGGUACAGUUUUUAAAUGUAUAUUUGUUCCUUAAUUUAUUUUUAGAAAGUUAGAUUUUACUUAGCACUAAGCUUUUAUCAUUAGCAGUUAAGUGUUGAAAGAAGCUGAGGGGAACACCUGCACAAGUGCUUUGACUCUUGUAGUGUGGAAUAAAUAAUUAGUUUUGGGGAGGACGGGCUGAAGAACAUAAGGUUAGGGCAUAUCACUGGUGGCUUGAUGGAGUGUGAGCGUGUAUUUCAAGGGGGGGGGGGGGGGGGGGACUUAGCUAGACAUCAAAAAAUUAGCAAUAAAAUUUGGAAAUUGUCACGUAUGGUGUGCAUGAGGUUGGCUCAAGAUAGUGAUGGUUGGAUACUUAAUUCAUGUUUUAGUGGUGAUUAUUUCCCUAGGAGGUGAAGUAUUUGGUGGUACUAUGAAUAUUCUUUUUCACCAAGAGAUUCCACUGUGCUUAUGUAGUUUCUUGUAGUGACAUACCAAGCUAUUCGCUUUAUGCACUUGGAUUGAUGUCUAUUCACACAGAUGACAUGGCGGUGUCUGCAGCGCAGUCUUCAGCGGCUAGAAAAAUUUGCCAUUUUUCACUCGUGGCCAUGGUAAAGCUAGAAAAACUGCAGGCUUGAGCAUAUUGUGAGAUUUCUUGUUGCUAAACAGAGUGAAACAAGUUUAGGGAUGUACGCCUCUUUCUCAGUACUUCAUGAUGCACGGCAGCAUACAGUCCUUCGUCUCGUAUGUUGCAAAUGUGUGCAUAUAUUUUGUUGUACUGAAUACAAGUGCAUCUCAAUGCAUCUUCAGGAGUAGCAUUUGAAUUGACAAUCCACAAGACCUUUAACUGUGUAAUAGCACUUUUAAUGGAUUAAGCAAGAUUUCUUUCUUCUUUAACCUGUUUUGUUAUGACACUGCCGGCACAGUAGGCAUCAAGUAAAUGUGAAAACUCUUACUAAAUUCUGCUCGACCACUUUUUAUCCUAGAGGAAAUCUGUUACCCACUGGUUCCAUUCACAUAUAUUGCGAUUUGAGGCCGUCCUGACGUGCACGCAUUUCUUCCAGUAUUUCCACAUAUGGGAAUAUAGGGCUGAGGUUGGUUUCUUUAGGCUUUGUCAGUCUUUCUUCAGUUGCUUUCAAAGCUUCUUGACCUUUAGUCAUCGGUGGCCUAAAUGGGACAUUUUCUGGACAUUCGUGUUGCCUCGGUAAUAUGCACCAAGUGUUUUUAUUUUUCUUUCAAAUGAGUAAUUUUUUGCAAAUAAGAAGAGUUGCAUAUGUAUACAUGUAUAUAUAUAUAUAAUAUAAAUAUAUUUAAUGGGGUAGGUUGUUGAAGCAGAUACUUAAGAGUUGUAUUGGUCUAUUUUCGCCUGUAUCCCUUCCCUGUGAUAAUGCUUUGUGGUGGCUUUUGACAGACUUCACUUGUGCCAACUUUGUUUCUUGUGUUUGCUUGUGGAGCUGCUGGAGGCUCUGUUAUUCUGCUUGUUUUGUGAUGGCAUAGUCCACAUUUAAGGACUGUAUUCAAUAGCCAUAGAGCUCUUUAAUCAUACCAUUUGUGAAAUUCCACCGCCGAAAUAGAAUGCAAAUUAACAAAAAUUUUGGCGAGUUAGAUUGUUUUAUAAUUUUCGGGGAGACAGGCUAAUGGGCACUUCCAAUACUUAGUACCAGAGUGGCGCAUGUCAGGAUGUUUUUUGUGUUUUCCAGGAACCUAUCUGUCUGCUCUCUGAAACUCCGGUAUCGCUGGCUGGAUUUUUUAAGCUUGGUAUCACAACUAGGUAUGAUCAAAGAACUGUUUAGUGAUAAUGUUUUAGCAGUAGAUUCCAUUCUCAGGGCUAGUAGGGAGCAAAUCUUUUUGGAGCUUAUUUAUUAGUUUUAUUUUAAAUUGUCCAUUGCAGUUUGCUUUUGUCAGUGACAUGGUGGGGGAGUUGGAACCAUUUUUUUCACGCUGCAAGAAUGCAUGAAUAUGUAACAUGAGCAGGAGAGCAAAACCAACUCCUGCAAGCGACUAAGCUCCUCUACUGAGCUUCCAGCAUACUUCCUUUGUGUGUGUGUAACUAUAAAAAUAAUACCAAGACACACUUUUUAUUGGCAGAGUUGAAAUCCCCGGGGUCUAAUCACAAUGUGGUGACUGUUUCUAUGUGGUUGGCAAAGGUGGUGCACAGUUUUAUUUAUUUUCCUAUGGCGCACAUUUUUGCCCGUUGGCUUGCCAUUGUGGUCAUUCUAUUUUGCCACAUUUUAUUUCAGCUUUGUUAUGUCUUCUAUAUAUUUUGAUUUAUUAAUAAACACUUUUAUUGCA